GUGUCGGACGGAUCAAUAUUUCACCCUCUUUUGUCCCCUAUUGCUAUUUCCUAGUCUACUAAUUUUAGCUUCAAGAAUAUAGAUAUAUGAAUGUGAUGCGUAUUGGUUCAAUGAAUCGUGUGUUCUAUUUUUCGUGGCAUUUUGAAUAAAUAAUGGUUGAAGACAACGAGUCCAAUUGUCGGAGGAAACGUGUUCGGAUGAUCGAAUCGAAACCGUCUUGUCUCUUUUCUCACAAUCAGAUACACAUACCUAUUUAGAGAUCAAUAUGUGGGGAGAGAAGCUUAUUUCUUGCUUCCAUGCCAGAACGACGUGGUUAAAAAAAAGUAGUAAAGUCCAUUUUUUUCAUUUAAAUCUUACCAAAGUCUGCGACAUAAGAAACAAUACUGUUAACUAGCUCCUUGGAAUUAUAAUCAAAAUAUAUUUAUUGACCUAUGAUAAGUAUGAUAAAUUCUAUCAUAAUGCUAGAGAAAUCAAGCACUAUGCUAAAAUUCUACCUCCGCUAUGUGUACAAAGUUAUAAAAACUGAAUUGAACUUAUUAAGUAUAAAAUGAAAUAUAUAUUCUGAUAUAGACAGGUAUUUAUAUACAACAUAGAUAUAUAGUCAUACUCAAUUAAUAGGAUAGUCCUUCAUCCUCAACACGUGUCUCCUAAACUGUCAACAGUAGUUACAGAUACAUGCACUACAUACUACAAUUAUACACAUAUAUAAAUAUAGUAACAAGCAAAACUAAGUGGACGUAGAUGUGCUAUAAAUUUUAGUGAUAGCAGGGUUACAAUAUCCUAAGAAUUGAAAGUGAAAAAAUAGAUUUCGAAUACAGUAAUUCAAAAAUGGCCAUACCGUACGACGAGAGUCUGAUCUGGAUAGUAGUAGUUGGAUUCAUUGUCGCAUUCAUAUUAGCAUUUGGAAUUGGAGCAAAUGAUGUUGCAAACAGUUUUGGAACCAGCGUAGGUGCAGGUGUUCUGACAAUAGUACAAGCUUGUGUGUUGGCUACGAUAUUUGAGAUUGCUGGAGCGGUACUGAUAGGAUAUAAGGUAUCUGAUACAAUGCGUAAAGGAAUACUUGAUGUCUCACUUUAUGAAGGACAUGAAAAAGAACUAAUGCUGGGUGCACUCUCAAGCCUGGCUGGAUCAGGCAUCUGGUUGAUUAUCGCAACUGCUUUGCGUCUCCCUAUUUCUGGAACCCAUUCCAUCGUGGGUGCAACAGUUGGCUUUUCUCUUGUAUGCAGAGGUACUGCAGGGGUGAAGUGGGUGGCCCUUGGAAGCAUAGCAGCCUCAUGGUUUGCUAGUCCGGUACUAAGUGGCCUAGUCUCAGUCUCUAUUUUUCUGCUACUGAGAAAAGCCGUGCUACGAGCCAACCAACCCUUUGAACAAGGUCUCAGAUUUCUUCCCUUAGCAUAUGGCCUAACUAUUGCUACAAAUGUACUUUCUGUUGCACAUGACGGGCCAAAACUUUUGAAACUGGAUAAUAUACCAUGGUGGGGUAGCCUAACAGCUGCAGUAUCUAGUGGCUUGCUGUCGGCUGUUGUUGUGUAUAUAUUCAUAGUCCCAUGGCAGAAGAAGCGGAUACUACUUGCUCGUGAAGCUAAUGAAGGAACCACUGAAUUUGGUGCUUGUGAUAGAAAGGAAACAACUGCACUGUCUGUCAUUUCCCCUGCCCCCUCGGCCAGUAACAAUCAAGAAGAGACUCCAAAACUCAGAGGAAAUACAAGUGCUAGUCCCUUAUUAUUGGCCAGUGGAGCAGAUGUGGAAGGUUCCAAUAUCGAGUCUGGCAUGGAUGAAGAAGAACCACCAGAAGUAUCAAGGUUGUUCUCAUUUCUCCAAGUUCUAACUGCUGCAUUUGGAAGCUUCGCUCAUGGAGGGAACGACGUUAGCAAUGCUAUAGGACCUCUGAUUGCCCUGUGGGCAGUCUAUGCUGAUGGAUCUGUACGCCAAGAAACAGAAACUCCACUACUCAUUCUUCUGUACGGAGGAUUAGGUAUAUCUAUUGGACUCUGGAUAUGGGGAAGAAAAGUUAUCAGAACUCUUGGGCAAGAUUUAGCACGUAUUACACCAGCUAGCGGAUUUACAAUUGAGGUGGGUGCAGCAUUAACAGUUCUGUUGGCAAGUAAAGCUGGUCUUCCUGUAUCAACAACACACUGCAAAGUUGGUUCAAUCGUAUGUGUCGGAUGGGUGUCUCGUGGUGGAGGUGGCGUAUCUUGGACGCUAUUUCGUAACAUUGCCUUUGCAUGGUUAAUCACUGUACCAGUUGCAGGCUUAUUGUCUGCUGCCUGUAUGGCUGUAUUUAGGCAGGUAAUCACUGUCUGAAUCGAAAGUUAAACUAGACUUAGCUUGUUAGUAAAAGUGAAAGCCAUCCAAUACAGCUAUUGUUAUUAGGAAAUAAAGAAAUGGAAGCUGAAAUAUAUGCAAAAUAAUUUUUCUUCUAAUAUUGUUUCAUAUCUUCUGUGAAGUAGGCAUUAAUUGCACUUAGCUACAGGACGUUUGUGAGAAUGAGCCAAGGUAGGUAAAUAAGAAAUGAUGUCUUGCAAAAAUACAUACUCAAGGUGUUCAGAACCAUUACAAUGUUUCGUCUCAAAAAAAUUAUUUAUCUCAAAAUAUCUCGAAUGGAUUUCUGUUGAUGGAUGAUAGCAUUCAAAUAGUCUGUAAUGAAAUAUGUUUAAUUCCAAACGCAACAAAUAACAAGAUAAUGGAUGUUUGACUCAUACAGUGACAUAGUAGAAUAGUAGAAUGUCACCAAAAUGCGUAGGAAAGCCCAGAAACCAUAAAAAUAUUCUUCGCAGUGCAAUAAAACUCAGUAAUUGAAA